AUGGAUGCUUGUGCAGCUGUUUGCGGCUUGACUUUGGUUCUUGCAGCUGACUUCAAGAUGAAAGCUUGCUCCCUUCACCUCCUAGCUCUUGCUUUGUCUUGCGUUGCGCUGCGAUUGGACGGCGCUCCUCCUCCAGGAACUCGCAUCAGGCAAACGCAGUGCACGUCCUGGCCCAGGCCCCUCAACAUUCUUGGCUUUGCGAACCUCUGCGCAGACAUGUACAUGCACCCGUGUCAGAACACGGUCUCCGUGGAGAUUUACCUGGAGGGUGCAACAGACGACCUUUUCUUCCAGGAAAUCUCUCCGGACGAGGGAGGGUUCUGCGCGAAGCCACCGGCAACCUCUGCAGUGACCAGCGCGUGCGGAACUGACUCCAUGAUCUGCAUGAGUUUUAUCAAGGAUGGUCAAGACACGCUGCACAUUGGGCCGAGGUUUUUGUCCGGUUGCCCGAGUGUCACCCUCAAGAACUGCCGGACAUUCCCUGGAGCUUAUCUUCCGGAGAUCCCGAUGCAGCUUGACUGUUUCCAACUAGGAUUCAACUGUUCGAACCUGCAAACAUGCGACAAAUGCAUCGAAAAAGGGUGCGGAUGGUGCAGCGAGGGAGGAGGGCAGUGCAUGGAAGGAGGUCUUCACGGCCCGAUGUGCUCGACCUGCGGUAGCAACUGCUCGUGCUCAUGGAGCUACGGCCAGUGCAAGGUGCCGGAGGCUGACAUGGAGAAAUUUGAGCGCGACCUGAAUCAGACAGCCGAGGCCCUGAAGAAAGCGACCAAUGAGCUGGAGGACCUCGAGGACGUCAUCCGUGACGGCAAGGCCGUGGACAUCUCCGGAACUUCCUACAAGUGCAAGACUGAUGGGCAGAUGAAGAGCUCUAGAGCCAUCUCGACGACCUUUGCCGUCCUGAUCUGCCUCUUUACCUUCCUGGGAUCGACACUCGUGGGGUGCUACUCUGGGAAGCAAGGAUACGCCGAUGCCCUGUUGGAGAGGCUCUCGUCGCUGAAGAGGAGGGUGAUGUCCAGGAACACCAUGGACGCAGGGUCGCUCUACUCUUGA